AUGAACCGGACUUUUCAUAAGAAUAAGCGGAUAAUAAGAAAGCUGACAAAGACCGGAUAUCUGGCCAACGAUCGCGUGGACACGAUAGCGCACGUUUCGUUUUACAAAACGAGCGGAAUCGCCAAAAGUCGACGAUACCGUUACGGUGUCGACGUCGACCGCGCCGUGACGCAAGAAUUCGACCUCACCUUAUCACCGUCGAAAGUUGAAGACCUCUCGGGCGAAGGGGGCCCGAGUCGCACCAUCUCUAUCCAUUUCAUAGUCUGCAUUGACGUCCGCCCGCACGUUUACGUGUGCCCGAGGCGGCUUAGCGCGGAGCACUACGCGCCGAGCGUCGCUUAUAAACAAGACCCUCUUAUGCGUGCCGAUGCGUUACGGAGCGGUUUAAUA